UUGAGAAUGUGAAUCCAAAAUUAGGGUAUUUCAAUCCCCAAAUAAUGCAAGCUCUCGCAUGUCCUCCAGGAUUGAUCCACAUGUCACUCACCCAUCUUCUUUCCCCUCGCCCUCACUCCAAAUGUUUUAUUUCCACUUUGAAUCUGCCAUUUUUCUGCAAUGGAUUUUAAUUCGCGAUGGUGACUUUGCGCAAUGUAAUCGGGGGUUGGUGAGCAGAACUCCAGCUGCCUACCAUUGACUUCUUGCAGAUAAUGGCGUCCUCGUUUCUUAACACCUGGAGGGAUUUACAGCCCCCAUUUAUAUUUUGUAAUUUUCUAUUGUUUCUCUGGUUUCAUUUAAGCAAGUGGGGAGCAUGAACUUGGAAGGUUGGCGAACUAAACGAACGGCAUUAAUUCCCUCUGAGUUCUGAGGCUAAAGGGUAAACGGCUAUGAGGUGCUUUCCGUUCUCAAAUGGGAGCCGAACUGAUGAGCAAAAGACCACGAAGUCGACAUGCCUAUCCAACUUCACGUCGAGUGAGCAAGAUGGCCGGAAAUCAGGGUCAGAGAGCAAUUCCAAUUCGAAUUCUCAGAACAUUUCAGACAUAAGCGCGGCAUCGUCAGUCAAGAUCUCAUUCCAAAGCUUGUCUCAAAAGCACAGUAACCUCAGAGUCUUCACAUUCGCCGAGCUCAAAACAGCCACAAAGAAUUUCAACCGAUCCCUCAUGCUUGGUGAAGGGGGGUUCGGCCCUGUUUACCGGGGCGUUUUGUGGGAGACGGAAGGUUCAUGUAAGAGGAUUGAUAUCGCCGUCAAACAGCUCAGUACACGGGGACUUCAGGGACACAAGGAAUGGGUGACGGAAGUGAAUGUGCUCGGCAUUGUUGAGCAUCCAAAUCUCGUCAAACUUAUAGGCUAUUGCGCCGAAGACGAUGAGCGAGGCAUCCAACGCCUUUUGAUCUACGAGUAUAUGCCGAAUAGGAGCGUGCAAGACCAUAUAUCAAGUCGAUUUCAAGCGCCUCUCCCGUGGUCCACUAGGCUUAAAGUAGCCCGGGAUGCCGCUAGUGGCUUGUCGUACCUUCACGAAGGCAUGGAGUUUCAGAUAAUCUUCCGCGAUUUCAAGUCAUCGAACAUUCUCUUGGAUGAUCAUUGGAACGCGAAGCUCUCGGAUUUCGGCCUUGCUCGAUUAGGACCUGCCGACGGCGUAAGCCACGUAUCGACAGCGGUUGUAGGGACGGUCGGAUAUGCGGCGCCGGAAUACAUUCAAACGGGUCGUCUAACGUACAAAAGCGACGUGUGGAGUUACGGAAUUUUCCUCUACGAGCUGAUCACGGGGCGACGACCGUUGGACCGGAACCGUCCGAAGAACGAGCAGAAGCUCUUGGAUUGGGUCCGGCCGCACUUGGUGGCGGACGUGAAGAAAUUCGAGCGAAUUCUCGACCCUCGGCUCAAGGGGAGCUACGAGAUCAAGUCGGCUCAAAGGCUCGCCGCCAUCGCAAAUCGGUGUUUGGUUCGACACCCGAAGAACCGGCCGAGAAUGGACCAAGUCGUUAAGAUGGUCGACCGUGUCGUCGCCGAGGCCGCAUUCUCCGUUAGCCCGAUCGAGAAGUCGCCAUCGUUGACGGACGACGACGAGGAGCGGAAGCUCCGCCACGGCGGCGGCGGCGGCGAGGAGAGGUGGAGGAGGAGGUUUAUUGAUCAUGUAUUGGGAGAGGGUAAGUGCUUAGGGUGGAAGCCAUGGAGGCAAGAGAUGGUUAAGGAUAUAUUAUAGAUAUGUACACACACAUAUACACAUGGGUGUGUGUGUGAGAGAGAGAUAUGGUUUAAGAGAUUAUGAAGCAAGAAAAGGUGUUCCUGGUUUGAUGAGAACAAAGAUUUUUUUGGGUCCCUUGUUAUGAAGGAAAAGUGUAUAUUUUGUGAUUGUAUAUGCCUAUGAAUGUUUUGUAUCGGCCCGCAGGCUGCAAUUAGACAAAUAUAUAUAUAUA